UGCGCUCUCAGCUGUUGGGUUGAAGUGCCGGUCGAGCGCAGUCCUGCACAUGUUCGGUAAAUGAACCAGUUGGCGUUGGAUGCAUGAAUCCCGGAUGGAAUCUCCUCGUCAAAUAAUAGUGCCUGCAGAAAUGGAAAGAUGAAGCCGAGUUUGGAAUGAGCUGGAACGAGUCUGCGUAACUGAGAAAGUACGCCUACAAAGAAGAGGUACUAGUGCGCCUUGGCACCGGAGGGAAGCACCCAAACUUCACUGACGAGCUGAGAAUCAAUUUAAGACAGAAGAUCAGCUCACUGUUAGAUUCAGCAUGUUUCUGUGGACUGUGUUAUAUAAUGUAAAUGUAUACGUAUAAACUUAAGAUUCAGAAUACGGUGUGGAACUGCCCGUGUUUUGCUCAUUUUGCUCUCCUCAACCGUGCCAAUGCUGGAAUGGCUUGUGGUUCUGUGCAUUGUGAUCCUGGUGGUCUUAAUCUGGCCAGGCUCCAAAUAUUUUGGCACGGAGAGCCAGUCGGGUGCCUUGCUUCAGGGACUGAGCAUUUCACAACAGGCAAAAAAGGACAAGACCGGGAGGUGCGUCUCAGAGCGAGAGGAGGGCGACGGUGCCCAGGCAGCCUGCGCGGGUGCCGUGAGUGAUGAGAAAGCAUGCGCUGUGGCACUGAUCUGCAAACCGUCUGCACUGGCUAACUAUCUCCUGAAACACUGCAGGGCUUUCAGUAAUUACUCGCCGUGUGUCGGGUGGACUUGGCGGGCCAGCGCCUUUCUCCAGAGUGUGUACGAGGCGUGCUGGCCGUACGACUGCCCGGUCCAGUUUGUGCGUGACAACCUGCAGCUGAGCGAUGAUGGGCUGGUGGCAUUGGACUGGGCAGUGCCUUCCUACCAGAAACGACGCAGGACUUCCAGUCACUCCACCAGUCCCAUUCUGCUCAUCAUCCCAAACUCUUUUGGGAAGAUCACUAGAAAUCUGUUAAAGUUGUGUGAAAUGGCUCUGUCCCAUGGAUACCUACCUGCAGUUUUCAACCGCCGCAGCCACAACGGCACCCCGCUCACCACCCUCAAGCUGCAGCAGUUUGGUGACCCUGCAGAUCUGCGCGAGGCUGUGCGCUACAUUCGCCACCGACAGCCUGCAGGAAGACUGUACGCAGUGAGUGAGAGCACCGGGUCGGGCCUUCUCCUCUCUUACCUGGGAGAGUGUGGAUCAUCCAGCUAUGUGACGGCGGCCGUCUGCCUGUCGCCCGUGUUCCGCUGUCAGAGCUGGUUUGAGAAUGGGCUGUGCUGGCCCCUGCAGUGGGCAUUGGUACUCUACCAGAAGAUAUGUCUCAGCAGGUAUAAGACGGUGCUGGGUGAGACCAUACAGACAGAGACCCUGUUUUCCAGCUGUUCCUUGCGUGGUCUGGAGGAGGCGUUGUUUUGUCAGACUGGACAUGCAGGCUCAGCAGCAGCAGCAGCAACAGGCACCAGCAGCACCUGCAAUACUUCAGGUAACUGGGAUGUUUACUGGGAACGCAAUGAGCCCUUGAGAGACGUGGACGAAGUGGCUAUUCCUGUUCUGAGCGUGUGCGCACAGGAUGACCCAGUCCGCGGUGACGCCCAAUCCACGUUACCCUUGGAACUCUUUGAGACGAACCCACAUUUCUUCCUCCUCCUGACUGACCGUGGAAGUCACUGUGGUUUCUCCACCCAGUCCGAGGGCAGCGGCGCUGGUGCAUUUGGUGCAGUCAGUUCUGCGGCUGCACCGAACAGUGGGAUGGGGAGCCGUCGGACCAACUGGAGCCACAAAGCUCUGCUGGAAUUCUUCAGGGCAACCACAGACUUCUUCGCUGCAGAAGAGAGAACGAAGCAGCUCGCAGCAAGGAGGAGGGGGCUGGGGGGAGGCGCGGGUGGGAGGGCUUUUCGCCACCGCAGCGUCAGUACGUGUAAAAGAGUGCCAGCGUGUUCCCAUAAUAUCCAUGCCAUUUACAACUGGCAGAGGUCCUAUACACGAUGAGGGGAGCCUAAUGGAAGUUAAUAGACUACACUGAUGCUUUCUGAUAUUGUUUAGGUUUGGGAUGUGAAGGACUGAUGUCAUGGAGUAAUUUUAAGUGUGUGUUUUUCUCACACACUUGAUGUGAGCCAUGAAACACCGAGGCGGACAAAAGAUCAUGACAGGCCACAAGUUUGCAUGCAGUUGUUAUGGUUAACUGCUGAAACAGUUGACACUAAACUCUCAAGAUGGGUGGCUAUAUAUUUUUCUACAGACUGAUACAAAAAUCUCUUCACUGACAGCUGUUAGAGCUGAAGGAUUCUCUCACACAGGCAUUUAUUGAUUCAUCAAUUCUUCUGCCUCAAGUUUUACACAGUCACAUAAGAUAUUUGUAACCUACUUACUGUAGUAUCUUACCGUUAUUCUUUUUAUCACUGAUUAUUGGAGGACGUAAGUGUUGAAAGUCUUGUGCUUAGAAUAGAAAGGGGAUAACAAUCCUGUGAAAAUUUUAAAUGAAUUUGAGCUGAAUGUUAAGAGUUUAAUGAACUCAUCCAGUGUUAUUGUUCACAUUAAAGAAAGUUUACUGAGUAUGCUAUUAAAUGUUUUUUUCUGUUUUGGGAAAUGUCUUGUGAUGCCCAAAAUAGAGGAACGAAGGCCUAUGUGUGAGUAAUAUCUGUGCCAUGAGGUUAUGAUGUUUUAAUGAGCAGGGUGGAAGCACGUCAUCAUUUAAACUCUGUGCUCCAAGGUUUCCCCGGGCUGCUCUGGAUCUGAAGGAGGUGGAGCUGUGAUGGAGGCUGGUUUCCCACCAAGAUAGAGUGUUCAAGACUUAUUAGCAUAAUGUUGUUUGAAACAUCUCUCAAGCCCCUGGGAAUUGUGCUAUUUGGGUUUAUUCUUGUGCAUUAAGCUAAUAAAUUAUACAAAUUAAAAUGAGACAAAGUAAUGAAUAUUGGGUUAAAAGUGUUCAGAGAAGAAACACUUCAAAGAGCAGCUCAACAGUUUGAUAAGCAGGAAAACGUCGAGGUUAGUAGAAAGCAUCAGGACCCAAAACUACCAUGCACUGUUCGUCCACUGAUUUGUGUUGCUUUAUAAACAUGCGAUACGCCUGUUAAAUGUUUUAUAUCAUGAGAUGAAAUUAAAAAGUAAAAAAUAUAACAUACUAAGAUGACAAUCUGGGGAUUUAUUACACUGUGUGGACAAAAUGUUCUGGAAAAUAGCAUUUAUUUUCGCACUAAAGGUAAAGUAAAUAACUCAUUAAUACCAGCAUGUUGAUAAUAAUAAUAAUCUCAUUAUUUUGUUUACAUCAUCUUAAUUUUUAAAGUGCAUCGUAUUAAAUCUGUGCUUUUGUCAAACCCCUACUGAAUAAAUGCUCACAGACACUC